GUGACGGUAGCUAAGCAAAAUCGCUGGUCAAAGUCGCGCGCAGCACACAGUUGUUGAUGAGAAAGAAAAAGAAAAAACGAAUGAUGCAGAGUUGUGAGGAGAACAAUGUAAAAGAAAAGAGUUGAAAACAAGAAUGAGAAAGAAAAGUAAAAUUCCUAAAGACGUUUGCUUACUCUUAAAUGGAAACCGUUAUUCCAGUGGGUAGAUUUUAGGUUUACGUGUGCUGGGGGAUUCAUUCGUUUUGAACGGCUAAUCGAAUGAUGUCUGAUGGGCGAAUACAUAACUAAACCUGGAUGAUAAAUCAGCAACAAGGGAAUUCCUCCGAAGAGGACUUACGUGCAUAAAGACAAAACAAAGUAAGCAGAUUUUUUCAAGUAAGCAGAAAAUAGUUUAGCGGGGUCAUCUUACAUUAUUUUUAAGUGGGAUUUUUACACCAUUUGACUAGACUUUGAAAUUACCACAUGUGAAUACUUCUAUCCGUUAUCAAUUGAAGAGCCAAACCAAAUGCAGCAGAGAGGAACUAUAAAAUGAAUCUGGGUAAAGUUCUUCUGUUUGUCCACCUCCUAAACUUUGCGACAACAAGCCUGUCUCUCUCAACAUGCGCCACGGUGGAUAUCGAUCAUGUGAAGAGGAAAAGGGUCGAGGCGAUACGAGGUCAGAUAAUGAGCAAGCUUCGUUUGACCAGUCCACCACAUUCCCUUGGACCCAACCAGGUCCCCUACCAGAUCCAGGCCCUUUAUAACAGCACACGGGAGCUGCUUGAAGAGCUGGGUAGACACCGGCAUCUGAGUUGCGGCCAGGACAAUACGGAGACCGAAUAUUACGCCAAAGAGAUAUACAAAUUUAACAUGGUCCAUGGAACGCCUGAAAACAAUGACCUUCCCUACUGUCCUAAAGGAAUCACCUCCAAAGUGUUUCGUUUCAAUGUGUCGGCAAUGGAGAGGAACUCCACCAACUUGUUCCGAGCAGAGUUCCGUGCUCUCAGGUUUCCUAACUCUGCAGCCAAUAGGAAUGAACAGAGGGUGGAACUCUACCAGAUCUUGAGGCCAGAUGAGCACAUUGCUAAACAGCGCUUCAUUGGAGCCAAGAAUGUCCUUACUAAGGGCACUCUAGAAUGGAUCUCCUUUGACGUGACUGAGACAGUGCGGGAGUGGCUUAUGUACAGAGAGACCAACCUGGGUCUAGAGAUCAGUGUUCAUUGUCCCUGCCACACCUUCAACCCCAAUGGUGACAUCAUCGACAAUGUGAACGAGGUGCUGGAGGUCAAGUUUAAAGGUGUUGAUGGAGAGCAUGAAGAGCAGGGGCGUUGGGACCUGGGUCAUCUUAAGAAGAAAGAGCAGAAUAUUCCUCACCUUAUCCUAAUGAUGAUCCCACCUCACCGCCUGGACGCAGCACCCCGCCGACGCAAACGGGCCCUUGACACCAACUACUGCUUUUCUACUGUUGAGGAGAACUGCUGUGUCCGUCGGCUUUACAUUGAUUUUCGUCGGGACCUUGACUGGAAGUGGAUCCAUGAGCCCAAGGGAUACUUCGCCAAUUACUGUUCUGGCCCCUGUCCCUAUCUGAGGAGCUCGGACACCACACACUCACAGCUGCUGAGCCUGUACAACACCUUGAACCCUGAGGCAUCUGCCUCGCCUUGCUGUGUUCCACAAGACCUGGAGCCGCUCACCAUCCUCUACUACUCUGGACGCACCCCUAAAGUAGAGCAGCUCUCCAACAUGAUCGUCAAGUCCUGCAAAUGCAGCUGAGGAACCUGGGGGUUUGUCUGAAUCCUGGGGGUUUGACUGAAGCUUGGGGGUUUGACUGAAGCCUGGGAAUUUGACUGAAGCCUGGGGGUCUGACGGGAGGCUGGGGGUUUGACUGAAGCCUGGGUGUUUGAUUGAAGCCUGAGGGUCUGACUGAAGCCUGGGGGUCUGACUGAAUCCUGGGGGUCUGACUGAAGCCUGGGUGUUUGACUGAAGCCUGGGUGUUUGAUUGAAGCCUGGGGGUCUGACUGAAGCCUGGGGGUCUGACUGAAUCCUGGGGGUUUGACUGAAGCCUGGGGGUCUGACUGAAGCCUGGGGGUCUGACUGAAGCCUGGGGGUUUGACUGAAGCCUGGGGGUUUGACUGAAGGCUGGGGGUUUGACUGAAUCCUGGGGGUUUGACUGAAGCCUGGGGGUUUGACUGAAGCCUGGGGGUUUGACUGAAGGCUGGGGGUUUGACUGAAGGCUGGGGGUUUGACUGAAGCCUGGGGGUUUGACUGAAGGCUGGGGGUUUGACUGAAGCCUGGGGGUUUGACUGAAGCCUGGGGGUAGUGUAGGUGAACUCGUACAAGGAAGUGACUUGAAUUAGGACAUCAGAGACAGUUUGCUUAUCUGUGAAGGACUAGAAUAGCACCAUUCAAGUUAUUUGUAUUCAUCAAUGAAUUCUGUAACCUGUCACAUGGCCUACAACUAAAACAUCCAUCAUUGUACGGGGAAGACAUUUUAUGCUGGACUUUGCCAACUUCCUUCAAAAUGAGUUUCAGUACUUUUCCUUUCCUUCUUACGAACCGUGGACAUUUUUUAUAACACCAAGAAAGCACUGCCUAGUUGUCCUAUCCAAAACAUAGCUGCGGUCAGGCAUGGGGAAGGAGAGGAGGACUAACUGUGAGACGAAGAGAGGAGAGAAUGCCUGCAGCAUUUGCAAUGGAAAGUGAGCAGAAGAGAUUGAAGCCAAGCUUUUCUUUAUUUUUUUGGCUGACACAGCAGUGACCAUUUUGUUUUCUUCUAUUGCAAAUGCAUUUGAGUAAAGUAGGACCAUAAUGGUCAGUAUAUUCCUGUUAAAACUAGACAUUUAGCACCUGCAAACUCACCACUGUGCCCUUGAAUCUGCUUUUGUCAGGUAUGUUUAUGAAACCCAAAAAAAGUAAAUAUGCUGGAAUACAACAUGUUGCAGAAAGACCUUCCGUGCAAUACAUUUAGUCAGAUUCAUUUAGUUUUGUAAAUGUUUUAAGCAUAGAAAAGAAAGUAACCUUUACAUUAAACGAUGAUCCUUGUCAUGUGGAUUUAAAUCCAUAUUCAUUAACUAUGAUGCUUCUGAAAACUUUUGAAACACGUUUGUGAUGUUCAUGUAUUUUGGCCUCUUUCACCGGGUGUCUCCCCAUCGUCUCUCAUUAUCUAUGUCUCUGUGUGCUUUGGUGCUUUUUGCAUUGCAAGGCCCAGUGGAACAAGUAACAAUGAGUAGGAGUCGUAACAUGACAGCAGCUAGAAGUUUUGUCAACAUUUCAAAGAUAACAAUUGAACCUGUCAAUGAUAAAUUAACUUUCAACAAUAGAUAGGCCUUUAAUUGCUUUGGGAAAAUGUUCCUUUUAGUUUGAAGUCUCCCUUUCCUUUUUCCCAGGGUCUCUGCCAUUCCCCUUGGCUCCAUCUCCCUAACAGCUUUACCAGACUGGAACAUUUCUAUUCAUACAACCUUUAAUAAACAAGGUGUAAAAAUACUAA